CAUCACUUACCGUCACAAUCUCCAACUUCCUAACACGACACACCAGCAACGAGCGAAAUUGGAUUCUUGCUCAUUCAUUCUUCAGAAACUAUCCAACUCAUCACGAUGCUGCUCACGAGCACCUACUACUCACACAUGCGGAAUCAGCAUUACGCCACCCACUCACCAAUCCAGUCCUCACCACUGCGCGAGCGUUCAGUGAACACCGGUGCAGGCUUGUUCGACUUCAACGCAAUGUCGCAGCAAAACGAGAAGCAACCACAACAACCACAACGCGCGUACAAAGCCAAUCCUGUGGUCCAGAUGCGCGACGCGACUACGAAGAGGCGGAGGGAGUUGUUCCUCAAGCGCGUGCAGAACAAUCGGGAGGAUAAAAAGUGGGAGUCGCGAGGCGAGCAGCUCCAGCAAUUGGACUUCGUUUCGGAACGCAAGCGUUGGGAGAGCAAAAAGGCACAAGAAGCACCACCAGAAGAAGAUGAGUUCGACGAUGAGCUCCUGAGCUACGCGAAUUUACCACAGUCGUCGAGCAACGCACCACAAUACGAGCCAGAAAUGAGCGAAGCGGACUACGUACUUGCGCAAGAGGAGCACGAGCUGCAACAGCUAAUUGCUGCGUUGGAGCAAGAGCAGAGUCAAGACAAAGCACUACAGCAGUAUUACGGCAGCGACGACGAAGACUAUGACCAGAUCUUCAUGUGCACCGCAGAUGUCAAUGUACGGUAUCAGCAAGAACCACGGGCUCACGACAGCAGUUAUAGAGAUAUCGAUGAAAUGGAUAUGACAGACGAUUGAGAACUAGAAUUCUCGAGUAGUCCACUCGAUCAGGAACCAGCAAUAUCUGUCACCAAGCAGACCAGCAUAGCACUC